AUGAGGAGGAAUAUUCUCAAGAAAUGGAACAAGCUGCAUCACAGAAAACAAAACAAUGAUGAUGACAAUAAUGAGGAUGACGAAGAUGAUGAAUAUAUGCCAUUGGCAGCACGUGAAUCCAAACAACACCAACAUCAUCAAGAAAACAAGGACGAGCAUGAAGAAGAUGACGACGAAGAAAUAUCGCUAGCCAAGCGUAAAAUCAGAGCCGAAGAAUAUAAUGAAGAAAGUGAACGCAGUGCGAUUCUGGAACGUGAGGAACACUUACGAGAACGUGAAUAUCUUGGACGAGAAGUGAGCACAUCAGAAUAUCCCGGUUCCAGUGAUAGUCGCAUGCGUGCCGAUCGCCGAGAGAUUUAUGCCGAAGAUGAUGUUUCCCCCGAACAG